AUGAAGCUCCUGGUGCUCCUUGUGUUGCUUGGUGUCUCCACUAUCCUGGUCUCUUGCCAGGACGCAGGCACAGACAGCCCUGGCACUUCUGAAACUGCUGCUGCUACAAGUGGUGCAGAUGAAACCAGCAACACUGAAUCUGGGACAGAAGCUGAAACUGCUGCUGACGAGGAAGAUAGCGAGGCCACUGAUGCGGCCCCUGAACAAGCCCAGGAAGAAGAAAACAGUGCAGAUGAAAAUGCUGACGACAAAGUCGCUGAAGAAAAGCCCAAAGAAAGCAUCGUUGACAAAGGAAAAAACGGGGUCCGCCACAACUGGUGCCGAGAACCCGAGACGCCGGACAACGUAUCGGUCACCGAGCGAGAGGGCUGCAGAGGAUUCAGAACUCAACACACGGAGGGGCGACAUCGGUAA